CUGAGCGGCGUCACAGAGGACUCAGCUCUUGCUCUGACCGCUGAUUCUCCUCGUUCAAGAGUCCUGAAGGAUUUCUAUCUUUCUCUCUCGUAGAAUACUUUUUUUUUCUUCUCUCUCUCUCGCAGAUAUUUCUCUCUCGCAGAAUACUUCUCUCUCACGGCAUCUUUCUCUCUCACACUCCUAUACACGCCACCUUUUUUUCAUACACGUACCAGGCACUUCCCAAACACCAAAAUGUCCCUCGGUUUGCUGUUCAGUAUAACGCUGGUGAUAGCCACUGCUUCUGUCUCGAGCUGCCCGAUCGGUUACCAUCCCAUGCUGGGGACUUGCAUUCAGGUGGUGAUCGCAGCUGGUCCGGGCGAGUUCCCGAUCAAGUGGGAGGUCGCGAGGGCAGGCUGCAAGGAGCGGGGAGGUGACCUUGCAUCGCUCAGUCCGCCUGAGCUGCUUGAACACAUCUCCAGGCACAUCGACGCCACGUAUCCAGGUCACAUUGCGAAUGACUACACUUUCUGGCUCGGAGGUCAGAAGGUCGGCACAGGGUGGACGUGGCUUAAUGGUGACAAACUGAGUGUCAAGUCCAAUUUGUGGGUGCCCAACCUCCCUCCUAAGACCUCAGACACGCCCUUGUACACCCUGCUGGUUCCUGCUGAUCCUGUGACUCCCAGACGGUACCUGAACGUUGGCGGUCCCUCGAGCCAGUACCCUGCUUACAUCUGCCAGGCUUCUUGAAGUUGAGGGGAUGAGGCAAGCAGAGGCAAGCGGAGACAAGCAGAGGCAAGCGGAGACAAGAACGGCGAUAACUAGAGAUGGAUAGAGAUAUGGAAAUAAGCACUAGGCUUAGGGAGGAUACUUGAAUGAUGAUUCCAUUAAUAUAUAUAUUUAUGUA